ACUGAGAAGGGUAGUAUCGACCUGCAAAAUGGCCAGGUCAUACCGGUGAACACGACAACUGCUACUGCCGAGCACAGUGACUAUAACAGCGAAAUAAGUCAAGAUCAGGUCAAUCUUGCAAAGAAUAAUACCCCAUUUGAACCAGAUGUGGAAAUCUCACCCCCAUCGCCCAAGCGCCGCAAGACUAGUGGCAUGCGUCCAGUAAAACCAACAGAGUCAGCGCCACACACGCCAGAGAACAGUGAGGAUGGAGCAUCCUCUGCCCGGCAGGUGCAUACCGAAACGCGCUUUCCUCAGCGCAAAAAGUCCGGAAAAGAUGUACCCGUUUUGGAACCCACGUCGAUGGACAAACUCAUUGCAGGAAUUUGGAAACAGUUGUUUUCGUCGGUGCAACUCACGCGCUUCUCCACUAUUCCGGAACCAAGCGUGAACAUUCGCACCGGGGUCAGCGGCGAGGUUUUCCAAGCCGUCAAUAUUCUGUGCAUGAAAUACUAUAAUCAAAGCCAAUCAUCGAGAGCUCUUGAGAUGAUAGUUCAAGCAUAUUGGAUCGAAUGCUAUGAAGCGCGAAUUGCCGUCAUUCGACUGGAAAAUCCAAAUUAUUCAUCCACAGAAGCCCGGAUGACGGCACUAAAAGAAGCAUGUGCCGUCCUCAACUGGAAGGAAAAGGACCUUCGAAACAGAAUGGCUAUCUGGCGAGGCUACAAAGACAUUAAAGACGCAGGCGGAUGGGCAAGUCUCAUAUUUACCAGUACCGGUGUAUACCGGUUCUGCAAAUACCGGACCGGCUUUAGCGACGGCUUCGCAACACGUCUUCGGCAUCUUCGAUCUGCUUUCGAAGUGGCGGCAGACACACUCCAUCCAGAAUGGAGAGGCCUGUUGCACAUUAUCGGACAGGAGGAACCACGCCGUUAUUAUGGACAACCCCAUGAAUGGGUUACUGUGUCCGGGGGUGAGGCGGCAGUACCACUGGCUUCGACUUAUGGCCAUCUAAAUUUGCCUAAUGGGUUUCAAUAUGAGUUUAUCGAUCAAUGCGUGUUGGACCAGAAUGUGUUUGGAAUAAUCGACCCGCGCGUGAUCCCUGAGCUGGAGAAUACAGAUAUUUGCCAGGUCUGUAAGGAAAGGCAGUCAGACGAUAUCAAGAUAAAUCAAUGCUCGUGCUUUCCGUCUUUAUUCGGGAGCGUUCGAAGUCCGGCCCCUGUACAGAUAUUCCAUACGACCAGUGGGAGGAACAAUGGUGUUAUUGCGCGCUAUAAUAUCGAACGUGGCACCGCUAUCGGUGAAUUUACCGGCCUCAUAACCAAUGGCAUUCAAGGCGUCGACGUGAUGGUAGGAGGCGCUCGCCCGCGUACGUACCAGAUCUUCCAGGGACAAAUGGGCAACUUCACGCGGUUUAUCAACCAUUCUUGCAAGCCGAAUAGUCAGUUUCGGAAGUUUUACUGGCGUGGAAAAGAACGGAUUUUGGUCGUUUCUAGGGGGAUAACGGCGGGAAGUGAGAUUACGGUGGAUUACUCGGAUAGUUAUUGGAGGCAGUUGGAUAAGAGGUGUUUGUGUGGAGAGUAUUGUUGUCGGUUUAGUUGAGAGAAGUCAUGUAUAUAUUUUGGUCAGAUAUCCCAUAUCUUAAUCUGUAUUCGUCC